AGGGAGGGGGCAGGGAGUUAUCUGGCAGCCAGCUGAUCUUUGCUGUGGUAUUCUGUGCUCUGAGGGUGAGAGAAAAGUAGGCAGAGUAGACUUGUCUCUUCUCUUUUGCACUCAGAUAGAGGAAGUUGAAAGAAAACUGAAGAUCUACAGUCGCAUGAGUGGUUCCGCACGCAGCAGGAAGCAAAGAGGCUUUGUGACAAAAACAUGAAGCUUAGCUUUAUGACCACGUGAAAUUCUGCCUGCCACUGAGAAAAACAUCUGCAAGAGAGGAGAGUAAAAGAGGGAAGGAGAGAGUGACUCACUAGUUUGUAUUCAUCCAGAAGGUGUUCCAGUAAACGUUUGGCAGAUCACAAGCAAGAAGUCAGAAAUGUCUUGGCUGUCACCCGUACAGUGGGCCAAAUGGACCUGGACAGCAGUUAGGGGAGGAGGAGAGGAAGAAGGGGAGACGGAUUCAAGGAUGGACGACGAGCUUCUCACAGAAGAAGUGCAAGAGGCCCUAAAAAGAGAUCAAGAGGAGGAUGAAAGGUCUCAUGGCUGCAGUUCAGAUUCAGAGGGCCAAUUUGAAACACCUGAAGCUGAGACACCUGUCCAUCAGCCACUGAAAGAGCCGACAGCAUUGGAUCAUCCAGUUACUGAGAGCAUAGGUUACUCAGAAGAUGGUGUAAAUCAGUUGACCUCUAUCAUCACCCAGAACCUCACCCUGACUGAGACUUUUCCUGAGGACGCACCUGCCCCGGUCCAAUGGCAGACCAGUGUCGACCCCAUCCUGACCCUGAAACCCAGGAACCAGACUUCCUCUGCUGACAUGGACAUGGACCAGCCUGAUCCUGUUGAAGCAGGUCUGACAGUUGAUCCAGAGCCCACCUGCAAUGGUCAUAUUGAAGAACCAUCCCCCAAAUCACAGACCAAGUCCCUCAAACCAAGACCUCCUUCCCUCAAGGUGAAGACCCCACUUAAUGGCGUAGACCCCAACGAGGUGGAUGACAACCCACCGAUUCUUCCAAAAGGAAGUUACAACUUCGACACUGUACAGUUUGAUGACAGCAUCAAUCCGUUCACCACUGGACAUUCUAAGUUACAGAACUCUCCACCUGCCAAUGUCAGUAUUCCCAAAUCAGAACUAACAGACGAAACAUUUGCUCAGCCAAUUAAGUUGGAGUUUGGACUUGAUGAUGGCAAAUCCAAGAAACCUCCACCCAAGAAGCUUGGAAGGAAGACAAGCAGCAAGCUGGCUCCUCCAAAAACUCAGCGACCAAAAGCUGCAGAAUCAGCAGCUUCACUGCCAGAGACUUCAUCAGAACAAGACAAACCACCAUCUCAGGACGUAGCCCCCAUGAACGUUGAUGAUAUUCCCAUUCCUAAGAAAUCCUACAACUUUGACCCAAAUCAGUGGGAUGAUCCCAACUUUAAUCCUUUCGGAGGAAACAGUAAACCUAGCAACUCACCGACACUUCCUAAAGGAUCAUAUACUUUUGACCCUGAUAACUUUGAUGAUUCUGUUGAACCUUUUAUGCCACCAAAGACCUUAGGGGGAGGUGACACUAUUAAACCAAUGACAGAGAAGCUAACGGACAAAUACAAACCAGAGGAAACUCUGGAGCAGCGUAAGAAAGCAGGACAGUCACCGAAGAAAAACAAGGACAGAACCAUCACGAACUCAUGUAAAGUAAAGAAGUAUGACAAUCAGUCCUUAGUCCUGGAUGUCUGCAGUCAGGAGAAAGACGUGCAGGAGGAUCCUGCAUCUGAGCUGCCUCACCGCGUGCAGCAUGCCACCGAUGAGGAGAAACUUGUCAUGGGGCAGAAAGAUGGGGUGGAUGAAUUUUCAGACUGCACCAAAACCUGUACUAAGACUGCAGACGAUCUGCCAGUGGGCAUAAAACGCCAGUUUGAUGAGAGGGACCUCACCUCUCCGAGUACAGAGGAGCUGUGUGAGAGUCCUGCUUUGAGUUCUUCAGACAGUGAGACUGUAGAGAAGUUGAGUCCAGGGCUGGAUUCAAUAUCUCUCAGUGAGAUAGACAAGGCAGCAGUGCUCACACUGAUCAGAGAAGAGAUAAUCUCCAAAGAGAUCGAAGCCAAUGAGUGGAAGAGACAAUAUGAGGAGAGUAGACUAGAGGUCAUUGAAAUGAGGAAAAUAGUGGAUGAGUAUGAGAAGACAGUGGCCCAAAUGAUUGCAGAGGAUGAGCAAUGUAAGAACAUAGGAUCUGAGAAAAGUGUCCACCAGUUAACUUUGGAGAGAGAUCAGGCCCUAGCCGACCUCAACUCUGUGGAACGCUCACUGUCCGACCUGUUUAGACGCUACGAAAACAUGAAGACUGUCCUUGAGGGUUUUAAGAAGAAUGAGGAAGUGCUAAAGAAGUGUGCUCAGGACUACCUUGCACGCGUAAGGCAGGAGGAACAACGUUAUCAGACUCUCAAAAUCCAUGCAGAGGAGAAACUUGAAAGAGCGAAUGAAGAAAUAGCUCAGGUGCGAGCUAAGGCCAAUGCAGAGAGUGUGGCGCUGAAUGCCAGCCUGAGAAAAGAGCAAAUGAAGGUGGAGUCAAUGGAGCGAGCGCUUGAACAAAAGAAUCAGGAAUUUGAAGAGCUUUCCAAGAUUUGUGAUGAGCUCAUAGCCAAGUUGGGCACAGCGGACUAAGAGGAAGAAGAACAUACUCGUAUUGUUGCUUAAAAUCCCUGUCUCACCCAGACCCACUCCGGCCACACCUUUAGGUCUCCCGUUGCUUUUUCCUUAUUGGAAAUCUUAAUGGAGUCACUUUUCCAUGGAUCUAGCUAUAUCAAAGAAAUGUCAGAAACAGUCAGCAAUUUUUUUUGUUUGUUUUUUUUGUUUUUUUUUUUAGCAUAUUUAAAAGUGCUGAUGUUGGACUAACAUCCAUAUUGCCAUAAUCCACAUUUGCGGGUAUAAAAUGUGUUUUAAUGGUGAGAGUCUUGAAAAGCGUGGAGAGAAACCAUACGCAUAUCUCAUUCUGAUUACUGCUUCAGAAUUUCUGUGGAGUUUGUGUACAUUGUAGAUUCAGCUGUUAUGGCAGCUGCAUGUAUAAGAUUUUGGGAGAAUUCCUCUGGGUGUGUGUGUAAGGUCAGCUGUCCAUGUAAAAGAAGAGGUCUUUAAUAUGUGGGAAAGAAGGUGAUUGGCCUUGUCUGUAGUUUACAUGAUCGCACUGCUGCUAUUUGUACCAGAGGGAGCAAAUCAUAUUAUUUACACCUUUCACAGUAGACUUUUUUUGUUACAAUACUUGCCAUGAUCGUGCAUUGUACUGUAAUUUUGAUGCUUAAUUCAAACUUUGAGCUCAUGAUACAAAUUUAAAGAAAACCUUUUAGCAUAUUCAAAAUGUAUGUUUUAAGAGUUUGCAAACAGGUUGCAGUUCCAUAUAUUGCUUUUUUCUUCCUCAUUAAUUGUUUUGCUGCCAAAUUAUCAGAGCAAAUGUGAGGUGUUACCAGAUGGGAUAUUAAAGAAAUUGGAUUGGUUAACUUCCAUUCAUGAGGUCACAAUCUUCCAAUCAAAUGCUCACUUUGCAAAAUUUCACAGCACAAUUUUUCAAACUAACUGAAAGCACUUAAACAUUCUUUGAUUAUUGAAUUAAUUGCAUUGUAUUAAAAUCCGCAUGAACUACAGAGUUUGUCACAGGUUAAAAUCAUUUUGCUCUUUAUGCUAUCAUACAAUCAAUUGCAUAGAGCCUGUCAAAGUGCUUUGGUUACUACAAAGUUGCCUGUGGACAAAUCAUCUUUAAGCCAUUCAGUGAAGUCAUUGCAAGAAUUGACAAUCAUUUGCCAGACUUGCUAUGUGCCUGAUGCUAAAGUGAUGCUAUUGGCUGUUGUUUUUAUCCCACAACUCCUCUGUGCUAUCUUAUGCAAUAUUUCUGCUCAGAAUAAACAACUGCCAAUAGAAACAGCUAGCCAUGUGCCAAACAUAAAAGGGUAUGUAGAGAAAUACAAAAAUAGCCUGUAAAUUGUCAUUUCAUUUUGUUGUUUAAGAAGCUUUUUGAUGUUCUUUACAGUACUCACUGAAAUCUGAACUGUGUGUAUUUUUAUGAGAAUAUAAUUGUUAUUUUAUUGUGUUAUAAUGUUUGUAAAGUGGAAGAGAGCGAGAGAGAGUUGCACAGAAAUCCCAUUGACUAAUAUAUAUUUUGUGCAUAAAUGCAUUCCCUGAAUAAAAGUAAUAAUUAGCCUG